AUGUCAAAAGUUCAAGCCUCUGUCGUUAAAGUUCCAGACAGUGAACUCAUUGAAUUUCUUCAACGUUACAUUCGACGUAAGAGGAAAUAUUAUGCCAUCGUUGAAUUUAUACAGUCAGGAAUGCAAAAGACUUCUGAGGAGAUGGAAAGAAUUAUUGACAAACACCACUUACGUCAAUACUCAGGAGUUUACGAUAUGAAACGACUUACAAACUACAUUCUGUCAAAACUUUCAAAAUACCCCUUCAAAAAAUAUCCAUCAAACACUUUAUUAGUUUGUGAUGAUUUCGCUGGUAAAGGUUUAGUGUCAAAGCCUGACUCACCAUUAGCUAACAUCAUAACUAAAGUCAGACAUUACCACUUAACUGUAGCAAUACUUAUGCAAACAUGGCGUUUUCUUGCUUUAAACAUAAAACGUCUCAUAACUGACUUCGUUAUCUUUCAAGGUUUCUCACGUUAUGAUAUUGAACUCAUUUGGAAACAGUCAGGUAUAACAUUACCUUUUGAAGAAAUUUGGGAAGCAUAUAAGUCUCUCAUCUCUCCUCGUUCAUACCUUGAGAUUCAUAUCAUGACUAAUACCAUUAAAGUCAAAAAUAUUCCAUGGGAACGACCAACAUUGUUUUAA